UCCCUGCGCAGCGGCAGCCAUGUUGGAGCCACAGUGGAGUCGGGCUGGGAUCUUCUGACGUCGCGUAUGUUUUUCCUCACAAAUCUGCUUCUCCUUCGUCGUCGGGCUUCGUCCAACGCGCGCGAUCGGCGCCGCAGUCGCCAGUGGACACGAUGAACUCCAGCGGGGACCUGUCGCGGCGGAACCCGCAGGAGGACUUCGAGCUGAUCCAGCGGAUCGGAAGCGGCACGUACGGAGAUGUGUACAAGGCUCGCAAUGUAAACACAGGGGAGCUGGCUGCUAUCAAAGUCAUCAAACUGGAACCGGGUGAGGACUUUGCUGUCGUCCAGCAGGAGAUUAUAAUGAUGAAAGACUGUAAACACUCCAACAUUGUUGCCUAUUUUGGAAGUUAUCUCCGGAGAGAUAAGUUAUGGAUCAGUAUGGAGUACUGUGGAGGAGGUUCUCUACAGGACAUCUAUCACGUCACCGGGCCUUUGUCAGAGUCACAGAUCGCCUACAUGUCACGUGAGACCCUGCAGGGUUUGUACUAUCUACACAACAAAGGCAAAAUGCACAGAGACAUCAAGGGAGCCAACAUCCUCCUGACAGACAACGGCUACGUUAAACUAGCUGACUUCGGUGUAUCGGCCCAGAUCACAGCAACUCUCGCCAAGAGGAAGUCAUUCAUUGGAACUCCUUAUUGGAUGGCUCCAGAGGUAGCAGCAGUGGAGAGGAAAGGAGGCUACAACCAGCUCUGUGAUAUCUGGGCUGUGGGCAUCACUGCGAUAGAGUUGGCCGAACUACAGCCGCCCAUGUUCGACCUGCACCCCAUGAGGGCUCUGUUCCUAAUGACCAAGAGCAACUUCCAGCCUCCCAAGUUGAAAGAUAAACUCAAGUGGACAAAUAUCUUCCACCAUUUUGUCAAACUUGCUCUGACCAAGAACCCAAAGAAGAGGCCCACAGCUGAGAAACUGCUGCAGCACCCUUUUGUGUCGCAGCCGCUCAGCAGGACGCUGGCCAUCGAGCUUCUGGACAAAUCCAACAACCCCGACCACAGCACCUUCAACGACUUCGAUGACGACGACCCUGAACCUGAGUUUAAGUACAGGGGUCAUUUCCUACCCAUAAGCCCCGGCGCUCGACGCGCACCCCGUUUUGCGGCCCGUAGGAAGUCUCCGGUCUCUGUUCCUCAUCGUAUUCGUUCCACCAGCAGGAGCACAAGGGAGGGGAAGACGUUGUCUGAGAUUAACUUCGGUCAGGUGAAGUUUGAUCCUCCGUUGAGAAAAGAGACAGAGCCCCACCAUGAGCCGUGUGAUUCUGAGCCCUAUCUGGACUGUGUUGAGGAGCUCUACUAUACCGCGAGAUCUAAUCUGGACUUGCAGCUGGAGUAUGGGCAUGAUUCACCGAGUCUACUGGGAGGAAACAAGAGUCUUCUCAAAUCUGUGGAGGAAGAGCUCAAGCAGAGGGGCCAUGUGGCACACUUAGGGGAUGAUGAGGAUGAGGAUGAUGAUGGUGCAGAUGAUGAUGAAACUCACACUCAUAAAUCGAGCACUAUCAUGAGGCCAAAGGUCCCACCCCCGCUGCCACCCAAGCCCAAGUCCAUCUGCUCGUCCCUGCAGCAGCAGCAACUCAAACAAGACGACAGCCAAUCCCACAGUGAGGACGACAGCGGAGGGGGGGGGACCAUCAAGCGCUGUCCGGCCCCGCAGACGGCGAGUCCGGCCAAGGCCGCCUCCAACGUCCCCCCGCGGCCCCCGCCCCCGAAGCUGCCGCCCCACCGCCGCAGCAGCCUAGGUAACGAGAGUCCAAAGCGCACGGACGGCGAAAACUCUGCCCCCGACGAUGAUGGGAGCUUUAGGCAUUUCUGGGAGUGGCUCCACACGCCUCACACAGAGGAGGAGCUGGAGGAGGCGUGGGAGGUGCUGAAGGAAGUGAAAGAGGAGGAGGAAAAAAAGGAGGAGAAGGAAGCGAGCAAUGGGCUGAACGCUCCACACAACGGAGAGAAGGACAGUCCGGCAGAGAGACAGUCCACCAUGCCCCCUAGUGUCCCCAUACGGAAAGACAAGAAGGAUGUGGCGACGCCGAUCAGCAACGGUCUCCCACCCACACCUAAAGUCCAUAUGGGUGCAUGUUUCUCCAAGGUGUUCAACGGUUGUCCUCUGAAAAUCCACUGUGCCACUUCAUGGAUCAACCCAGACACCAGAGACCAGUAUUUGAUAUUUGGAGCUGAAGAGGGGAUCUACACAUUAAACCUUAAUGAGCUGCAUGAGACCACGAUGGAGCAGCUCUUCCCACGAAGGUGUACCUGGUUAUACGUCAUGAACAAUUGUCUUCUUUCCAUAUCUGGAAAAGCGUCGCAGCUGUACUCUCACACCCUGAGCGGUCUGUUCGAACAGGCCCGGCAGUUACAGAAGUUACCAGUAGCCAUUCCCACACACAGGCUGCCUGAUAAGAUGAUUCCCAGGAAGUUUUCUGUGUCCAAUAAAAUUCCAGACACUAAAGGCUGCCAAAAGUGCUGCGUAGUGAGAAACCCGUACACAGGCCACAAGUAUCUGUGUGGAGCCUUCCAGUCCAGUGUCAUGCUGCUGGAGUGGGUGGAGUCCAUGCAGAAGUUCAUGCUCAUCAAGAACAUCGACUUCCCGCUGCCGUGUCCGCUGGAGGUGUUUGAGAUGCUGGUGGUCCCGGAGCAGACCUACCCUCUGAUCUGCGUGGCCGUCAGUAAAGGCACCGAACCCAGCCAGGUGGUCCGGUUCGGCACAGUCAACCCCAACUGUACCUCGUCCUGGUUCACAGAAGAAGACACACCACAGACGUGUGUGAUCCACGUCACUCAGCUAGAGAGGGACACCAUCCUGGUCUGCCUCGACAGAUGUAUAAAGAUAGUGAACCUGCAGGGCCGCUUGAAAUCCAGCAGAAAGCUUUCAGCCGAGCUGACGUUCAACUUCCAGAUUGAAGCCACGGUUUGUCUCCAAGACAGUGUCCUGGCUUUCUGGAGGCAUGGCAUGCAGGGGCGGAGUUUCAAGACCAACGAGAUCACCCAGGAGAUCUCUGACAGCACACGCAUCUUCAGACUACUGGGAUCAGACAGACGUGCUGACUGUAGACAUCCAGAGGCCGGGGACAGAGGCAUCUCUCUGCCCAGAGUGGUGGUGCUGGAGAGCAGGCCCACUGACAACCCUACAGCCCACAGCAACCUCUACAUCCUGGCAGGCCAUGAAAACAGCUACUGAGACACACUCGCACACACAAACACAAUCUGUAAACAGCGUACCACUGAUGCAACCGGGAGACACACUCAGUCCAACGUUAUCCCACCGGCCUCCACCUUCUCACUGGGCAGUGUAACUGGGAGACGAGCAGUUUGUGGGUGCAGACGUGGAUUCCCACUCCGCAGUGUUUUUAUGUGUAUCAGUUGAGCAUGUUGUAGAAGGACAGCGGGUUGUGGGCUGGUUUCUGACGGAGCGCGGGUUGAAGCAGCUGGUCUGAGGCCAGUCUGGGUCGCGAUGGCUGGGGUGGGGGGGCGACUUCAGCCCAGAAUCCUGAUAGCAUCCCACCUCCCCCUGCAUACCGCACACUGGGAAAACAGCGUCCAGCACAGAAGUUCAACACUACUUCUACUACUACUUCUACACACAUUAGUACUACUACUACUACUGCUACUUGCGCUAAAGCUUCACGGAACAGCCAUCUUGCACAGAAAACCUUCCCCUCUCCCCUUUGUCGUCUUCUCCUCUGUCUCCUCCUCCCUCCUCCUCCCUCUCUCCCCUUCCUCCUUUUUUUUUAAACUACACCUUUAUUUAUUGUGGCAUGAUGUAACUUUAACAACCAGGAUGGCUUUCCUGUUUUAUUAAUUUUUUUUUUAAAGGAUAAAAAAGAGAAAACGGACUAAAAAAGCUUCGCCACCUCUGCUAGAAUCAAAUUCCAGUUCCAUCACCACACCACACAAGUGCUUAAUUGACCUCUAUUUAAUUGUUGUAAAUAUAAAUGUAGUAUUUUUUGACAGAGACAAACACUAAAAAGACUACGGUCGUGUAGAUAGGUGUGUGUAUAGUUGCUCUGUACAACCGUGGAGACAAAUAAGAGACAGAGAGACGUGGAGGUGUGACAGGGCAGUAAAUCCACUUCCUGUUUACCCCGGUCAUGUGACGAGGUCCAGGACCCCCCCGCAGUCUCCUCAGGUGGAGCUUUAGUCGUCUGAUGUUGUUCUAAUAACGAUCUGCAGCUCAGGGUCGGACUGAGCGAACACAGGAAGCACCACUGAUUGGUCGUUUUCAUCCUGCAUGCGUCGCCAUCCAGACUUCCUGCUUGUUGGCACCACAGCGACUGUCGUCAGGUCAGCGUACGUUUGAGUUCUGUUCAUUUACGUUUCUGUUUCCUGUCUCGACAUCAUCUUCUUGUUUUUGUUUUUUUAUUCUAUUUUAAUCAGAAAGCCUCAUUUCUUUUCUUAAAUGUUUUUUUUUUAUUUUUAUUGAACCACUGGUGUUAAGACUUUGCACAGAGAAAAAAAACCGUAUUUGAUAAACAAAUGUGAUGUCAUUAUAUGACCUUGUUUGUAUGCACAGUGUGUGUGUGUGUGUGUAUAUGUGUGUGCAUAGACAUAUUAGUGCAUCGUGUACAGAUCUGAUCAGAUCGUGACAGUUUCUGCCUGAAGCCCCUUUAGCAAGCUGGAUUUACACAGAAAGAAAAAUGGUUUAUAUUUAUACAGUAGAGCCGGUUUAAAUGAAACAUAAUAAAUAUACAAGAAGUUUAAUUAAAGUCAAUUAAAAUACAGUCCGCUGAGGAAUCCACAUUUAAAUUCACCAAUUAUUUCCUGAAGAUUGAUAAAAAAACAUAACCUCCCUGGAUCUGCAGCAAUAUUUAAUAUUUCUCUUUUUUUUUGUCCCAUCCUUCCACCAAGUUAAUGUUCGAACUUUCUGUAGUUUUAGUGGAAUCCUGCUGAGAAACAAACUAAAGGAAACACAACCUCUUUGUUGGAGGUAAUAAUCAAAUCAUUUGAUAGAUUUCUCUGCAGCAGAAAACCUCACAUUGGAUCAAACACAUGUAAAACCAGGAUAAUAAGACUUAUUAUGUUUAGUCCAGAUGAAACCUGUGUGUGAGGUUGGAAGAUGAGACGACAUUUAGAUUUCUGUGUAAAUCUUAGUUUUCAGCUGCUGGGACUCUAGAGGACGCCUCACGCAUGCAGAGGAGCAGCGUGUGGUUGCAGGAGACACGUGGUCGUACGCUAACAUCUUCACAAGCUGUGACACGAGAGGUUUCUCACUAGUUUAGAUCAAAUAAGAAAAUCCUGAAAUCUCUCCGAGCUGUAGCCAUCUGGCUCCUCAGUCAUGUGGAGACAGGUGUGAGCUGCAGGUGGUGAACCAAUCAGAUGCAUUAGUCAGGUUACACACACAAGCACAGCAGUGACGUCACCACAUCGAUAUGACACUAAGUGCUCCUGGUACAGUGAUACAGAUGUGAUGGUCCCUGCUGGGUGAACUGGGAUUUCUCUGCUUGAUGGACACUUGAAACUGGAACCGGGCUGAGACCCUGUGAACAAAAUCUGACUUCUGACGACACACGGGCUUAAAAUCCUGCUUCCUGUGAAAUCUAGUGCUUUAACAUUCACACACAAACGAAUUCAAGGCCACACUAUGAAUCCUGUCGUAGACCGAAGAUGAAAACGAUUAUUACGUCAAGCUGAAGUUCAAGUGACACUCCAGACAUCACACCUGUGGCCCUGCACGCUGUGGCCCUGCACGCUGUUCCACUGGUCCACUUACUGAGCAGAUCCUCUCACUGGAUUCCAGCUCCAGAUUCGUUCUGUGUUGUUUUAAAUCACCUGUGCACAAAUAUGGAUCAUACAAGACGUUAGGACAACAUGCUGAACUGCCAAGGAGCGGAUGAGGAGCAGAACUUCUCCUUCUUCCUUUGUAGAAUCUCAAUGCUGCGUGUCACUGGGGUGUAACUCAUAGACUGUGUAUUAAGACGAUGUGUCUCCACCUCGUCCCGUUGUCUCCAUGUCUUGGACACGGGCGUCACCAUCCUGCGCUUUUGACCUCAUCUGGAGUCUGCUCCGUUUUUCAAACAAAAGCCAAACCUGCUGAGCUCCUCAGGCGACUCUCGCUCGUCACAGAGAUUUUCACAAACCAGAAAAAGAAGUAAACGUGGACAUUUAUUGCCGUUAUUUAGAUUUGCCUUGAAAGUGAGUGACUCCCCAAGUCGAGUGGAUUAGCCACAGUCAUGCUAAUAGGUUAGCAUCUUGCCAAGAUCCGUUAACACGUGACAGUGUCGGAGCUGCAGCCAAGUUCAGUUCACACAAUAAGCUUCUUUCACAAAUGUUUUCAUUCAAAUGUUUUCAAAGAGAUAAUUCAGUUCAAUCUAUUCAUUAUUCACUUUUAAUAUUUAGCUCAGUUCAUCAAUUUGAUCGAUUGAUUGAAACAUCUCUUCAUUUUAGCAGCGUUUCCCGUUUAUCGUUCAUUUGGAAUAAAUUCAUCAAACUUUCCUUUUACAUCUGGAUUCAUGUCAAAGAACAAACAGUUACUGGUUUUGAUGUUAUUUUUAAUGUGAUGUCAAAAUAAGAUAUUAUAAUAAUAUAAUAAUAAUUAGAUAAUCGUGCAAGAUGCUCUCGUUCAAAGACAAAGUUAACGAGAGAUUAAAAACUCCUCCUCUAUCACAGCCGCUCAUAUAAAAGCAUUAAGGUUAUGUUUGUCUUUCCUGUGGGUUCAUUCAGUUUUAUUUUUGGGGGGGGAACUUCCUUUUUGCAGAAUAACAAUGUGUCUCCGUGGGAUUGAAAGAUGCUUCCACGAUUUUCUGAUUUUAAUCUGUGAUCCUCUGAAGCUGGAGCCAACUCGGACUUCCACUGUUUGUUGUUUCAUGAGCUCAAGUUGCUCCCGGGUCAAAUCACGUGUGACUAACUCAUCGGGACGGUUUGGAGACGACACCAGAUAUGUUCUGGAUGAAACCUUUAGCAUUAAGACGUUUCCUCUGGUUGGAGGUAAACUCCACUUGGUUCCAGUCGAAACUAAACACAUGAGUUCUUUAAAACCCAGUUUGAUCCAGGAUCCUCCCAACACACGUCUCCUCCGUUCGGUCGCUAUCACACCACCUUUGUCUUUUUGUUUUCAUAAUGCAAUGCACAUGUUAUGAAAUGUAUAUAGUGUAAAAUAAAAAUGGGUUUGUUUUACAUACUGUAUAAUUGCCUAUAUUUUGUUUCAGAAGUGUAACAGAUUUAUGAGAUGACAGGUUAACACAUUAAAAAGAAGGAACUCAA